AUGGCUCCUAAUGCUUCCCAAACUAAAUUUUCCCUUAAACUGAUGGUUAACAAAGAAGAAAAGAGAGUUAUAUUUGCUGAAGCUGACAGCAACUUUGUUGACACUCUUUUCAGCAUCAUGACUUUGCCAAUGGCCACAAUUGUCAGGCUCUUGCGUAAACUCCCCGAUGGAACGCUUAAGCCGAUUGGGAGCCUAAACAACUUGUACCAAAGUCUACUGGAUCUUUCUAUGAAUUGUAUGUCAGCUGAAGAAAACAAAUGGAUGCUGCUUAAUCCCAGAACUUCAUCACAUGAUACAUACAGAACGCUUAAACUCAACAUAAAUGAUGAAGAGCCUACAAAAUUCUUCAUAUGCCAAGAUAUUUUGUGCAGCCGGUGCUCUGGUCCGUGUUUUAGCACCUGUAACCUUGCAAAAUGCAAGUGUGGCAAGACCAUGAACCUCGAAAUGAAAUACGAGGAAUUAAAUGGUAAUAUGACAGGUGGGGUGUUUGUUUCUGAUUUAACAUCCUAUAUUGUCACAGAUGAUCUCCGUGUAAUGCCGAAUAGUCCAGACUUUAUUGUUCAGCUACUAUGUGAACUUGGAGGGUAA